AUGGACAGGCUGUCAUGGAGUGCCUGUGUCCUCUCUUUGCUGAAGCUGUUGGGAAUUGCACUGGGCCACCUGGACUCAGAAUGUGACUUCAUCACUCAGCUGAGAGAGGAUGAGCUUGCAUGUUUACAGAUGGCAGAAGGAUUGGCCAAUGCCUCCUUGAGCUGCCCUAGGACGUGGGAUGGGCUGCUGUGCUGGCCUACAACAGGCCCUGGAGAGUGGGCCACCCUCCCUUGCCCAGAUUUCUUCUCUCACUUCAGCUCUGAGCCAGGGACGGUGAAGCGGGAUUGUACUAGCACAGGCUGGUCUGACCCUUUCCCUCCAUACCCUGCGGCCUGCCCUGUGCCCUUGGAGCUGCUCACUGAAGAGAAAUCUUACUUCUCCACGGUGAAGAUCAUCUAUACCACGGGCCACAGCAUCUCUGUUGUGGCCCUCGGCCUGGCCAUUGCCAUCCUGGUUGCUCUCAGGAAGCUCCACUGCCCCAGGAACUACAUCCACGUGCAGCUGUUUGCCACCUUCAUCCUCAAGGCGGGUGCUGUGUUCCUGAGGGAUGCUGCGCUCUUCCAUGGGGAUGGCACGGACCACUGCAGCUUCUCUUCUGUCCUGUGCAAAGUCUCUGUGGCCACCUCCCAUUUUGCCACCAUGACCAACUUCAGCUGGUUGCUGGCAGAAGCUGUCUACCUGAGCUUCCUCUUGGCCUCCACGUUUCCCAGCUCCAGACCAUCCUUCUGGUGGUUAGUUCUUGCUGGCUGGGGACUCCCUGUGCUCUUCACUGGCAUAUGGGUGGGCUGCAAGCUGGCCUUUGAAGACACUGUGUGCUGGGACCUAGACGACAGCUCCCCCUACUGGUGGAUCAUCAAAGGGCCGAUCGUGCUCUCUGUUGGGGUAAACUUUGGGCUCUUUCUCAAUAUCAUCCGCAUCCUGCUGAGGAAACUGGAGCCAGCACAGAGCAGCCUUCACACGCAAUCUCAGUACUGGCGUCUCUCCAAGUCAACGCUUCUCCUUAUCCCACUGUUUGGAACUCAUUACAUCGUCUUCAACUUCCUGCCUGACAAUGCUGCCCUGGGCAUCCGCCUCCCAUUGGAGCUGGGACUGGGCUCCUUCCAGGGUUUCAUCGUUGCUGUCCUCUACUGCUUCCUCAACCAAGAGGUGAGGACAGAGAUUUCACGGAAGUGGUACGGCCAUGACCCUCAACUUCUGCCAGCCCGGAGAACCUGUGCCAAAUGGACUACGCCUCCUCGCUCAGGGCCUAAGAUGCUGACAUCUGUGUGCUAGGCUGGCCCUUCAAGUGCCAGGGGCUGAAUGUUCCCCCACAAGCUGCCACCCAGCUCUGGGUAGGGCAGUUCUUUCUCCCAUGUUUGCAUUUGCC